AUGUCUUUCUUCAAUGAGAUUCAAUCUUUAGCUGGUAAUUGCAAAAUCUUGAAUGUGUUACUCUACGCUGCGUUAUCAGUUGGUGUUUUGAAAAUAACAACUUCGUUCCUAAGUUUUGCUGCUGUGGUAUUGGAUACUUUGGUCUUACCACCAGUUAAUUUUAAAAAAUAUGGUGCAAAAUCUAAUAAAUGGGCUGUCGUCACUGGUGCUUCUGAUGGUAUCGGUAAAGAAUAUUCAUUACAAUUGGCUAAAAAGGGGUUCAAUAUUUUUUUAAUUUCAAGAACUCAAUCAAAAUUAGAAGUUUUAGCUACUGAACUUGAAACAAAAUAUAAAGUUGAAACUAAAACUUUAGCCAUUGAUUUUGCAAGUGAUAAACCAUCAAACUAUGAAUUGAUUAGUCAAUUGACCAAGAAUUUACCAAUCACAAUCUUGAUUAACAAUGUUGGACAAAGUCAUUCAAUCCCAGUUCCAUUUGUUGAAACUGAAGAAGAUGAAUUGAGAAAUAUCAUCACCAUUAACAAUACAGCUACUCUACGUGCUACACAAAUCAUUGCUCCAAUCAUUGCUGAUACUGUUAAAUCAAACAAAGGUGUUCGUGGGUUAAUCUUAACCAUGGGUUCUUUUGGUGGAUUAUUACCAACCCCAUACUUGGCCACUUAUUCAGGUUCAAAAGCAUUCUUACAAAGUUGGAGUGCCGCAUUAGCUGGUGAAUUGGCAUCGUCCAACAUUGAUGUUGAAUGUGUCAUUUCAUACUUGGUUACUUCUUCAAUGUCCAAAAUUAGACGUGCUUCAUUAUCAAUUCCAAACCCAAAGACCUUUGUUUCCAGUGUCUUGAGAUCUGUCGGUCGUCGCUCAGGUGCUCAAGAGAGAUAUGCCACUUCUACUCCAUACUGGGUCCAUGCCUUUAUGCAUUUUGGAAUUGAAAGUACUGUUGGUGUCUAUAGUAAAUUGGCAAACACUUUGAACUUGAAGAUGCACAAGGAUAUUCGUGUCAGAGCCCUAAGAAAAGCUGCUCGUCAACAAAAGAAGGAUUAA